UUUUGUGUUCGGCAACUUUACAGAGCAGCUGAUCUUGCGAUCUUGGUCUGGUCUCUUACAACCUACUCUUGCCACCUGAACUUGCUGCCUCUGCUUGCACCAGUGAGCCUACUCUGAAACAGAGUUCACAGCAUUGAACAUGUCCAGCACUUGUGCAACCAAGUCUAUCACGAAAAACUGUGCAAAGAAAAGAAGGAUUGAUUCAGAAAAUCGUGAAUUUCAGGAAAAGUGGGAAGAAGAAUAUUUCUUUGGAAAAAACAAAGAUAAACCACAAUGUUUGGUGUGUGCACAAACUAUAUCUGUGUGCAAAGAAUACAAUGUUAAAAGGCAUUAUACAACACUGCAUAGAGAUAAGUAUGCCAAAUACACAGAAGCUCGACUGACCAUCAUUAAAGACCUAAAAAGCAAACUCCAUAAACAGAAAAGCAUAUUUACUGCAGUUACAACAGCACAGAAGGCAGCAGUAAAAGCUUCUUUUCUUGUUGCAGAAGAAAUUGCAAAAAGAAAAUAUCCUUUCAGCAGUGGGACUCUAAUUAAAACAUGUGCACUGGCUGAAGGUUUUGGAAAUGAAACUAUGGCUAAAACAGUGGAAUCUGUUUCAUUGUCACAUCAAGCUGUUGCUAGACGUGUCUGCACAAUUAACCUGCAUAUAACAGAUAAGCAACAGGACAUUGUAAAAAGUGCACCUUACUUUUCCAUUGCACUGGAUGAAAGCACUGAUAUAACUGAUAUUUGCCAGCUCAUUAUAUUCAUUUGUUCUGUGGAUCAAGAGUUUCAUAUUUCUGAAGAGCUUUUGGAGAUAGUACCUCUGCAUGGAUCCACAAGAGGCGAAGAUAUAUAUAAUGCAGUCAAAGCCACAGUUACUAAGUUUGUAGGCUUUAAUAGGUGUACUUGCAUUGUUACCGAGGGUGCCAGAGCCAUGGUGGGCAAAACUCAAGGACUCAAAAGAAGGAAGGUGUAGACUGCCACAUGUUUCACUGCAUUGUACAUCAGGAGGUAUUAUGUGGCACUUCUCUAAAAAUGUCUGAAAUAAUGGAUGUGGUAACUAAGGCCACCAAUUUGAUAAGAGGUGGCAAUCGUUCCCUGACACACAGGAAAUUUUAAUUAUUCCUUGAAGAGCUGGAUGCUGCUUAUGGAGAUUUGCUUCUGCAUACAAAUGUGAGAUGGCUGAGUGCAGGAAAGUGUUUGGUAAGAUUAUUUGCCCUUAGGAAAGAAAUAUACAUCUGAC